AUGCCCGGGUGCCAUGCACCUCCGGCACGACUGGCGCCGCACAUCGGCGGCCGGCUCUACGAAGAUGCCUCACUGGUCUCCUCCACGUCCCAGCCGGCGAGCAGCAUCCCUGAUCUUACCUGCAAGCGUGCAUCAAGUCUCAGUAGAGUCCAGCUACAGCACCGCCGGGAGGAGCAGCUGCGUCAUGCCCUAGAGCACACACACCCAUCCCAAGCGGAGGUAUCUGCCGUAGCCAGCGCUGCCUACGUGCAGGCGCUGAUGGAUCUCAUUGACCAACAUGCAGUGACGGUGCAACAGGUGACUGGUAAUAUUGACGCUCUGCGCGGACAGCGAGAGGCUCGCUACAUUGAAUUCAAGCAGGAAGUACAGCAGCGUGAGGUUGAGUUGCAGCGCCUGCGAAACGAGCGGUCUGACCUCACGCUGCAGGUGCAAGAGGAGCGUGAGCGGUCGACCCGGCUGCUACACGAGAACACAGUGCUUCACGCCCACCAAGCUGAGCAGCGAGAGCAACUAGAGAAGCUUGUGGAGCUGUGCCGCGCACGUGGGAGGCGACUGAGCGCUCUUCACAAGCAGAAUUCCAGAGUCACUGGAAGUACCCCGCACCAGCGCAGGCCGAUGGAGACCAACGCGGGCGCAUUAGCAGGGGCCUCGCGUGAAGACGCAAUAACCGCCGAUGUCGGGGACGAAGAGAGCGAUCCAGAGCUGAACAGGAUAGGAAUCAGCGCAAAGGGUACUAGAGCCCCCGCAAGCUCGGCCGCCUGCUCGACGUCGCCUGCGCUCACGUCUCCACCGGCAUCAAUGAGCAUACACAAAGCGGUAGGCGCCACCGCCUCGUUCCAGUGGUCAUCGUCGUCGUCACCGGCUGCUCUGAGUGGUCUCGCCGAAGAUACCGAGGUGGCAGCGUUGCUCAACGUGCCAUACAAGGUGCAGGUGCCCGGUACACCGUUCGGUCCGUCGUCGCACACCAUCACGGCGAACGCGGCAGCCACAACGCACCUGCUUGCCCUCAACGAAGAGGUAAACAUGCUUCGCGAGCAACUGGAGGAGCAGCGCGCCACGUACGAGCAGGAGCGUGGUGCGAGGACGACUGAGAACGAUGAGCUGCACCGCCAGUAUCUCGAGAAGGAGGCCAAGUACCGCACCACAAUUGAUCAGCUCGAAUUACUUCACGAGGAGAGCCUGCGUGACUUGGUGCAGUAUCGCCACAGCACCGAAAAGAGACUUCGCGAUGUUCGCGGACAGGUGGAUUGGCUACGCGCAGCACUGCAGGAGGCGCUCAGGCUAGCGGAGAAGGAGCGUCGCCGGCAGCACAACGAGGUUUACACAACGGAGCAGCGCAUGUCACUCCAGUACUAUCCUAAGGUGCAGUCUUUGCAUGCCGAGCUGGAGGAAUGCCGCCGCGGUGCACUUGCACAGGCGCAAUACAGCGCCAAAGUUAUUGCAGAGAAGGACGCACUUGUGAAGGAGCUGCGGCAAAAACUCAAGGCUGAGGCGGGCCAGCGAAAGCGCAUGGAGGAGCGGUACAGGCUAGAGAUGAAGGGUGUGCACAGCGAGCUGGACCUGAUGCGGCAGUCGCUGCGGCAGAUGGAGCGGCGGGUGUACUACCGCGACGUGCGUGAUCAGGCCUCCGAGGAGGCACAGCACGGCCUUGAGCGGUACUACGACUAG